AUGAGCAACCCACAGGAACAAAUCUAUAUUGAGUACCUCAACUACGAUUGGGAUUCGUUCUCGGAGUUCCAGGAGGGGUUGAACCAGAUUUUGGACGGGUACUUGGAAAACUUGAAGGAGCAAGAUCCUUCGGUGCGAUCCAUCCCACCGUUGGACAAGCAGCAGUUGAUUGACCAGGCUAAGUCGUUCUUCUACUGCUCCCAUACUGACAACAUCUUGAAUCUCGAUGACUACCAGCAAUGGAAGUUGGUUAACGGCGAUAAGUACGCUAAGAAUAAGAAAAUCACCGAAGUGAGAGACGAGGACGAGACCAAACCCAAGGAGCUGACCCAGGCUGCAACUACGGAAGAUCCACCUUACUCGUCCAAUUACCAGGACUUGGUGGAAUUAAUCGUGUCAGGCAAACCCGUGCCUGGUAUCAAGGACAUCCCAGAUACAGUUUUGACAGAAAAGAGUUCUGUUUCGGAGGCCAAGCAGAGAACAAAACCUUGGGAGAAAUAG